AUGUCGGUCGAUCCUGCCAUUCCUGUUGCAUCUUUUGCAUGGGAUGUCUUGAAGUGGGCAGUUGUUCCUGUCAAGCGCCAAUUCGGAUACGUGAUCUCCUCCAAGAGCUACGCCCAAGAUCUUCGGAAGGAAGUCGGGAAGCUGACGUACGAGGCUGAGAGGAUCCACAAUGCCGUCGAAGUGGCCAGAAACAAUAUUCGGACGGUCUACAGUCUAGUCACCGAUUGGCACGAGAGUGCAGAGAAGGCCUUGAACGAGGCGAGAGAGCUGUUGGAAGAGUUCGAAAAAGCGAGUAAGAGUUGCUGCUACGGGACUCUUCCCGACCCCAAUUGUCGCUAUCAGUUCAGCAGAAAGGCCAAGGAUAAGAUCGAGCUCCUUCAGCGACUCGCUCGAGAAUGCAGUGAAUUCAGGGACAUCUCCUCCACUGAUCCUGCUCCGGGGAAUGUCACUGCGGUCUCCGCUCCUUCUGCCAAGGACGAUGGCGUCUUCGAAUCCAGAGCUUCGAUCAAAUGUAAAAUCAUGGCCGCUCUUGCUGAUAACCGCAACAGUGUGGUUGGGGUUCAUGGGAUGGGCGGGACCGGCAAGUCCACCCUUUUGGAAGAGGUUGAAAGAAGAAUAAGGGAAGAGAGGUCGUUCGAUCUGGUCGCUAAGGCCGACGUGUCGGAAAAUCCAGACAUCAAGAGGAUUCAAGAAGAGAUUGCGCACGGGUUGGGCCUUAGUGACAUAAAGAAGGAAAAGAAUGUCAGCUUGCGAGCGAAGCUUCUGCGCGAGAGGCUAGAAGAUGAGGAGAGGACGAAACAAGAAAAUGAUGAGGGGAAGAAGAAGAAGAAGAAGGUGCUCAUAAUACUGGAUAACCUGUGGAAAGGGCUUGACUUGAAGUCAGUAGGCAUUCCUUGCGGACACGACAACAAAGUCAUAGGAUGCAAGUUGCUGUUGACGUCAAGAUUUCAAUUUGUUUUGCGAAGGGAAAUGGGCUGCGACGCGGACUUCCUCCUCGAUGCGCUGAAGGAGGAAGAGGCAAAAAGAUUGUUUGAGAGGACGGUGAGCGACAAAGUUCAUCACGAUCCGUUCAAAUCCAUGGUUGAUGAAGCACUCAACAAAUGUGCAGGUUUGCCUUUCCUAAUUAUUGCAAUGGCGAAUGUCUUUAGAGACGCCGAUUUUCGCGAAUGGAAGGAUGUUUUGAGACAAAUCGAGAUGUCUACAAACAGAGGACUCAGUGAGAGGAUAAACGAGAUGCUGCAGUUGAGCUAUAAUCGUUUCAAAGGGGAAGAUGGCAAGGAGGUGAAGUCAUUGUUACGGCUAUGUGUCGUUUAUGGUGUCUCUAAGCCCUCUCUUGAAAACUUGGUGAGGUAUAGCGUGGGUACGAGGUUAUUUCGAGAAGAUAGCAGCAUGGAAGAAGUGAGAGACAGGUUGAGCACACUGAUCCAAACCCUGAAAGCCUCUUCCUUUUUGUUAGCAGACGAGAAAGAUGCUGAUGUUUUCAAGAUACACGACUUGGUUCGUGGAUUCGUUGCCUCGGUAGCUUCAAGAGAUGACCCUCUUCUGGUGUUGAAAAAUCAUGAUAAGUCAGUGAUAGAGUUGCCGAAGGACAAGCUCAAAAGUUGCACAUCUGUAUGCUUUCCCUACGUCGACAUGGAGGAGCUUCCUGAAGAGUUAGAUUGCCCUGAAAUGCGGAUCUUUUUGUUGUUCACAAACAAUGGAUCUCUUAAGGUCCCAAGCUCAUGUUUCAACUCUAUGAGAAAACUCAUGGUCUUGCAUCUUUCUCGGGUGCGGCUCACUCGUUCACGUUCGCCGUUCCAGUUCUUGGAGAACUUACACACUCUGUGCCUAAAUGAUUGCUCGUUAGAGGAUGUAGCCAUGAUCAGUGAGCUAAAACGGCUAUGUGUUCUCAGCUUUGCGAACUCCAAAAUUCAACGAUUGCCAAAAGAAAUUGGACAAUUGGUGGAGCUGCGGUUGUUAGACUUAAACCAUUGCUCAAAACUUGAGAUGAUUGAACCGGGUGUGCUUGGGAGCUUGAUGAAAUUGGAGGAGUUGUAUAUGGAGAAUAGUUUUGAUCGUUGGAAUGCCGUGGAGCAAACUCCGCCAACUAAUGCCGGGCUCAUUGAGUUGAACAAAUUGAAGAAUCUCUAUACUUUGCAUGUGUCCAUUCUCGAUCCGAGUGUGCUCCCGGAGGAUCUAAACGUUGACAAACUAACCAAGUACCAAAUCCGGAUGGGUGAUGUGCCACGCCAGCGAAUUCGCAUUGGAUCGAGCAUAUUGGAGCUUACGUUGGAUCCAAUAAGCGAUAUUCUUCAAAAAGGAUGCAUACAAACUUUAUUAGGCAAAACUGAUGAUCUCUUUUUAGGCGGAUUAAAUGGAAUUGAGCAGACUAUUUGCGUGUCAUCCCAAAAAGGCUUUCCGAAAUUAAAGCACCUACAAGUCAAGAAUAGUUCCUCCAUCCGUUACGUCCUCCAAUCACCAUCACAUACAGAUUUUAAGAUUUUGGAGUCGUUACUUCUCGAUAACCUCAUCAGCUUGGAGAAGAUAUGCAACAACCAUGUCUCCUCCAAUUCCUUCAGUGCAUUAAAGGUAGUACGAGUUGAAAACUGCAACAAGAUGGAAGUUUUGUUUCCUCUUUCAUUGUUGAGAGAACUUCCACGGCUUGAAGAGAUGCGAGUUGUUGAGUGCCACUUAAUGCGGGAGAUUGUAGAAGUUGAUGAUUGUGGAAAAGUUGAGUUGCCAAAUUUGCGGGUAUUGGAAUUGCGUGACUUGCCAAAUAUAAAAAAUUUUGUCUCCGACGGGACGGCUCCUUCAAGUAGUACAUUAAAUGACCAAAUUGGCCCUCAAAUUGCAUUCUUCAACGGGCAACAGGUUGCAUUUCCUAGCUUGGAGACAUUAAGCAUCUGGAGAAUGGAUAGCAUUGAGACAAUAUGGGACAAUCAAGUUGCUGCGGAGUCUUUCUGUAAACUAAAAUCGCUCAGAGUUUAUGGAGGCGAUAAGCUAGAGAACAUUGUUCCUUCUUACAUUCUUGGACGGCUCAAGAGUUUGGAAAGUUUGGAGGUACAAUCAUGUGAUUCGCUUGAAGUUGUUUUCAAACUGCAGCCAUUGAGUCCUCUAGAUGGACAUCCCAUUGCUCGUUUCCCUAAAUGCAAAAUGUUGACAGAAGUCAUUUGUGAUGAUGGAGGUGAGGAGGGGCUUGUGGUGGUUUUCAAUCAAUUGAAGUAUAUGGAGCUUGAUGGGUUGACGGGGUUGAGAUGUUUCAGCUCAAGUAAAUACGCAUUAAUGUUCCCACUCUUGGAAGAUGUCAUUGUGAGUGGAUGUCCCAGCAUGAAGUUCUUCUCUGAGGGACCAAUAAAUACGCCAAAGUUGGAGAGAGUACACGUCUCAACUGAAGCAUGGUUUUGGGAGGAAAACCUCAACAUCACCAUCCAAAAUAUGUUUAAAGAAAUGGUAUGCAUCGGUUAUCAAAUUAUGUGCAAUUAGAUGGUCUUGUUGCGUUUUGCUAACUAGAAGUUUACAUUUAAUGA